GCUGUAUUAAUUAAUCUUUUUCCUCCAGCCCGAGUCCGUUAGGAGUGUGCGCCGUCCUUCACUUACAAGCUUCAAACCGCAUCUCUGUUGCUGCUAGGGAAUAAAAAAAAACAAAAAAAAAAAACAAUGACGUCUUCGACGCCCCAGACGGAGGCUGGGCCGUCGACCUCGUCCAGAUCCCCCCCUUCCACAAGGCCACUGAGCACCUCAACAGACUUCAUAAAUCCUCGCUUGCGUACUGCGCGAACAUUGCCCCCCUGGGUUGUCGCCAACGAUGAGCGACGUGGACCGAUUACCGAAGAGCAACAGCGAUUGCUCAACCCCCCUCAACGCUCUACCGCGCCUCAGCGCAAUUCCAUCCCCCAGCCACCCCAACGACGAGUCUCGAAGGACGGGUUCGUCUCUUGGGAUGACCCUAAGCUGGGACCUCCCCAGAACGAGCGCGGCCGUAUACCACACCUGUUCAAGUAUGGACGAGCAUCGGCACGAGGAAGAAAAUGGGAUCACCUUCGAUCCGCUGAGCCCGUUAUAAUUUCGUCCCACCCUUCCAUGUUCCAACAGCCGUCAGUUUCGUGGGCAGAUUUCAUACGGUCAUCGGCUUGGGGACGCCCUCGGAACGAACAGAGCGAAAUCAUCGACAUUGAGGCUCUCAACCAGCUGCAGCCCAACUUCAACAAGGAGACGGAGUUGCCUUUGCACGCAGCCGAUAAGCACGACCGGCGGCGCAAAUCUGCCUUUUCUAAGCGUGUAUGGGGGCAAAUGCUCAACAGUUCCCUCUCUCCCUUGCUCUUCCGAUUGGUCGUCAUCAUCAUGUCCACGGUAGCUUUGGCGAUUGCUAUAAGAAUGUUUCAGCAGGAAACCAAGGUCUUUGGCGACGGUUCUGAGCGCACGCAGUCUAUUUUCGCAAUUGUGGUAGACUGUGUAUCUAUCCCUUUCAACGGAUACAUGAUAUGGGACGAGUAUACGGGGAAGCCGCUUGGGUUGCGCUCUGCCACCUCCAAAAUGUCUCUCAUACUGCUGGACCUGUUUUUCAUCAUCUUUAAGUCAGCAUGCACAGCUCUAGCGUUUGAGCACGUCGUCUACCACCAAUUUGGCGACCAGGAUAUCCUUGGGUUAUCUGAGGGUCUUGCAUCCGUCAUGCUUCUCGGUCUUGUAGCAUGGACUGCGAAUUUGACCGUCAAUAUUUUCCGAGUGGUUGAACGGCUUGGGGGCCGCGAGGAGGAAACUAGGUGAGGGUACUAGAGUGCCAGAAGUGCCAGACAACGUACAUUCGAACAGAAGCGUCAGCAGCGUACAUAUUCGUACACCUAUUAUACAUUGGGAUUGGUUUGUCUGUUUUUCAUGGGUGGGUCUCGUUCUCAGCGUUUUAUCAUUUUUUUCGGGGGCUGGACUCUGUAUGGCGUUACAAAAGCGGUGCAACUAACAUGCAUAUCAUUACGAAAUGAACGAAGUUU